AUGGGCAACAAGAAAGGCGGCUCGCAACUCGCGCAGCUCCGUUCAGGACUGCGCGAAGCGGGAGUCUCGGGGAAUAAUACAAAGAAGAGCAAAAGCAAUGACCAGGAACCGCGCGCCGGUCCGUAUCGCAUACAGCAGCGGCGCAAGCGACUUGGUGCAUUGAUGGACCGUCUCAAUUCAUUUGACGAGAAGGUGACGCGCCAAAAAAGCGAUGUGCUUGGCCGGAAUGUGAAGGGUGCAGUUGGUGCGCCUGGAACCGCAAAGUCGGCAGCGAUCAAGCAGCGACAAGAGAAACUGCUCCCGGAACUGAACGCGCGCCACCACUCGUCCUCGUUUGUGGACCGUCGCUUUGGCGAGCACAACCCGUCCAUGUCACUUGAGGACAAAAUGCUCCAACGAUUUACUCGUGAGAGACAGAGUCGCACAGGCCAGACGUCUUUGUUUGACUUGAUUGACGAAGAGGAAAGUAGUUUGACGCAUUACGGACAGCACCUGUCUGGCCUGGAUGAAAUGCCCGAUGUGCUUCGCGACGACGAUGAUGAGGACGAUCGAGGUCAUAUUGACGCGGAAGAGACGAAUGCCAAACACUUCAGUGGGUUUGAUGCGGGCGAAAAGACCCGUAACAAGGCAGAAGUGAUGAAGGAUAUCAUUGCGAAAUCGAAGCUUGCAAAGUAUGAGCGCCAAAAAGUCAAGGAUGCAGACACAGAGAUGCGCAUGGAUUUAGACGAUGAGCUUGGAGAUAUUCGUUCGCUUUUAUUUGAUCGUACUCCUUCUGAGUCAACGCCGGCAGAAGAGAAAAGCGGCGAAUACGACACGUUUGUGCGCGAGCUUGCAUUUGAGCGGCGCGCCAGACCACAAGAUAGAACCAAGUCGGAAGAAGAACUUGCAGAGGCUCAGGCAAAACGACUUCGCGACGCUGAGAAUACGCGUUUGCGCCGUAUGCGAGGUGAAGAGGUAUCGGAUGACGAAGAAGGAGCUGCAUUGGAGGAUGAUCUUGAUGAAGAGCGUCCUGUGAAGCGACGCGCGACAGGGAACGUUGAGGCACAGUCUGUGCGGUCCACAUUUGGGCUUGGUGGUGGGUUAGAGACUCGCGCUGCAAUGGAUGAGGAUGAGGAUGAAGAAGAGAGUGAUAACGAAGAGGAUGACAAAGAAGAAGAUGACGAAGAAGAGGAUGACGAAGAAGAGGAUGUCGUCUUAGACGAUCUAGCUGACUAUGAGCAACUCGAGGAGAUUGGCGAGAGCGCAGAUACCCCCGAAGACGAAAACGAUGUGAUGCAAGAACGCCCCUUUUCCAAACCCUCUUCCGAUGUUUCACUUCUCCCAUACACAUUUUCCAUUCCCACCACGCACGACGAUCUCUUGGAUAUACUAGAAGAGCACCAAGUUCAGCCGUCGCAGCUGAAUACUGUCGUUUCACGCAUCCGCACACUUUACGCGCCCAAUCUCGCCGAAGAGAAUCCCGGAAAGCUACAGCUUUUCCUCUCUUGCCUUGUGGACCAUCUUUUAUACCGUGCAGCCCAAACCGCAAAGGAAACGUUCAACGACGCAACAUCCAAAGCUGCAGACGAGCUCCAAGCUUUGAACGAUCUUGUAUUGCACAUUGCGGAACUCGCGAAUAAAUACCCCUUGCGUGCCGCCGAGCACUUUGUUGCGAAGCUGGCCAUGAUGCAGCGCAAUUUGACCCGCGGCCUUAGUCAUGGCCCUUUGGACGUCAAUUCGCGUACUUGGCCUGGCGUUGCAGAGCUGUGCUUUUUGCGUGUUGCCGGGCUGAUUUGGCCGACGAGCGAUCGCUGGCACCCUGUCGCUACGCCACUCGCACUCCUAAUGGGCCAGUACCUUGCACAUGCACGCAUUCGGUCGCUUCAAGAUGUGGCUGCUGCGCUGUACCUUGGCUCGCUGGUCGUGUCUUCGCAGCGCGAGAGCAAGCGUCUUGUACCAGAGGUUAUGAAUGUACUGUACGCAAUCACUGCAAUGCUGCUGCCCAAGCAACGCGGCAAGCCGCCGCCAGCCAAGGCAAUUGCAGAAGAGUUUGGCAUUCCCACACCCGACGUAUACGCAAGCCACACUGCAGACCUGCACCUUACCGGCGAUGCCGAGCCGCACGAGAAGCUGCGCCUUGUCGAGGUGCUCAAUAUCAAGGAGCGGCCUACAAACCAAAUGCGAGCGCAACUUUUACACAUCACAUUUGCACUUUCCGAGCGUUUGGCCACGCUUUACGAAAGCAGCCCUGCAUUUAUAGAGCUCUUCACACCGUUGACGUUUUUGGUUGAGGUUGGAGCAGCAUUGCUGCAUGAAAUUGCACCACACAUUGCUGUAAUGGCCAGCGCUACGGCCAGCAAAUUGCGCAAGAGCCUGGAACGUGCAGUUGUUCUUCGCCGCGCACUUCGUCUUCAAGCACACCGUGCGGUGUCCAUUGCAACCUAUGCACCUAAGUUUGAUCAGCAAGGCUUCGAUCCAAAGCACGCGACGGAUCCAGAUACAGAGCGUGCGCAAGGCGCCAAACUUCGCGCAUUGCUCAAAAAGGAGCGCAAAGGGGCGAUUCGCGAGCUUCGUAAGGACGCGCAAUUUCUUGCAGACACCCGCGAAAAGAGCCGCGUGGAGGAAGACGAGUCCUACAAACGCAAGAUCGACAAGAUUGUCAGUGGCAUGCAGGAAGAGCGCUCUGAACAGAAACAGCACGAGCGCGCCAAGGCCCUCGCAAGGAAACGCGCCGCUGCGGUGGCCGACAAGUUUAUCAGUGUGACGGGCGCUUCGGCAGUGGAUGCGCAAAAAUACCUUCGCGGACAUGCGUACCGACUCGAGCCUGCGAUCGACGCAUUUUUCGAUGCACAGUCAGGCACGGUUCGCCUUUCGCCGCAGCAGGAGAAGGCUGUAGUGGCAGAGCUCAAUGGACUGUUUGAUCAGUAUCGCGACGAGGACUCAGGCCCUGACACGAUCACGGUGGAGGGCGCCAUGACGAUGCUCAGCGAUUUGCACAUUGAUCCCGCGAGUGUCGCUGUGCUGCCGCUUUCCUACUACCUAGGCUCCCCUUCACUUGGGCAUUUUACGCGCAAGCACUAUAUAGAAGGAUGGUUGCGACUAGGAGUUGGGGCUGCGGAGCAGACCGUAACGCAAGACGAAAUCUUGGCGCAACAACGACAAGUUAUACCUAGGCUUAUGGAAACUUUCCAGCAGGACGGCGCAGUUAUCCAUACACGCACCAAUACCACCCCAAGCAAAAGGGGGCUUUAUACCACCGUGUAUGAUUAUACCUUUAUUUUUGCACGCACAGAAGGGCAGAAAAAUUUGGCACUCGAUGUCGCGCUGACCAUGUGGGAUUUGCUUAUCCCGUAUGCACCUGCGUAUGACGAGACAGGUGCGCGCGCUGGAACAGGGGCACCAUCCUAUUCUGCCGCACAAUACGCACUAUGGAAGCAAUUUUUGACGCAAGCGUCCAACGUGAGUAUUAUCUCAAAAGAUACGUGGACUCAAUUCCUCGAAUUCACGCGCGAGGUUGAUCCAGCAUUCCAGGAGCAUGAUUUUGAUGCGGCAUGGCCAUCCAUCAUUGACGAGUUCGUAGCCUGGGCACGCGCACAUAGGUGA